ACUGCAGAGCAAGAUUCGACAGAAUUUGACAGACGCGGCACCGGAUUGGAGAUGUUCAGGAAAAUUGCCUUUGUUGGUUGUUGGCCUGCCUAUCUAUGACUUUCUCGGGGUCGGGCUCGGGUUCGGGGUCGGGCUCGCGUACUGCGGGUCCGAGUCCGACGGACAUAGGCCUGGAAUAGCUCCUUUGAUGGAGUUCAUUCACUUAACUUCUUGCAUCUGAAAGUAUAUGAUUUAAUAACUGGAAUCUGGAGUCUGAGCUACACUUUACCUUCGCUUCUCUACAUUCUGUUCCCACCACGUUUCCCCUUCACGCAUUACACUUCUUUCUGUUGAAUCAACGAACCAGAUAUCGACAUCACAUCACUCCUUUCUCAAAAUGACACAAAUCUCGGCAGCAAUGGAGGAAUCUCUCUUGAACGUCAGCGAGCACAAACCAAUCCCGGCUGUGGAACUCGAUAGUCACUCCGCAGAGGUAGUUGCUGCUACCCACGACGUUGGCAAAGCACCAGAUGGAGGUUUGCAAGCCUGGUUGGUUGCUGUUGGAGCCUCUUGCAUCUUCUUCUCCGCCCUUGGCUUCUCGAACUCCUUCGGUGUCUUUCAAGAAUAUUACCUCACACACCAGCUCCGUGGCGAAUCUCCAGACAAAGUUGCGUGGAUCGGUUCUCUGUCUGCUUUGCUCCAAUUUGCAGCCGGUGCUUUGGGUGGUCCUCUUUUCGAUCGUUAUGGCGCGUGGAUUAUUCGACCAGCUGCAAUCGCCUACGUCUUUGGUAUGAUGAUGAUGAGUUUGUGUUCAGAAUAUUGGCAUUUCAUGCUUGUACAAGGUGUUUUAAUGGGAAUUGCCAUGGGCCUGGUCCAAUUUCCUGCCCUAGCAGCGGUGUCACAAUACUUCGACAAGAAACGAUCCGCUGCUUUGGGGGUUGCAGUCUCGGGUUCGUCCAUCGGUGGUGUGGUCAUACCCAUUGCACUUUCGAAAAUGCUCAACAGCACGUCUAUUGGCUUUGGAUGGUCCGUUCGGAUUAUUGCCUUCAUCAUCACGCCGCUCAUGGCUAUUUCCUGCAUCACCAUAAAAGCUCGCCUGCCGCCUCGGACAACUACCUUCUUCAUCGGAUCUGCUUUCCGCAGUGUGAGAUAUGACCUUCUCAUAAUCUCAUUAUUUUGCAUGUUCCUCGGCAUGUUCACUCCGCUGUUCUUCAUUCCGACCUACGCGGUGACUAGAGGCAUGGGUCCAACACUUGCCUCUUACUUGCUCGCCAUCAUCAACGCUUCAUCUACUUUUGGCCGAGUCAUUCCCGGGGUGCUGGCUGACAAAUUUGGCCCGUUAAAUAUUUUCACUUUCGCUGGUCUAGCGACUGGUGUGGUAGUCCUUUGUCUGAACCAAGCCACAACCACUGCAGGGCUGAUCAUAUACUCGAUUGCAUUCGGCUUCACAUCGGGGACAAUUAUCUCGGGAGGGUCUGCAGCUUUUACUGUCUGUCCUAAAGAUGCUCGCGACAUAGGUACUUAUAUGGGAAUGGGUAUGGCACUUGCUGGGCUCGCGGCUCUGAUAGGUCCCCCUGUCAAUGGAGCGCUUAUUGCGAGGUAUGGAGGCUUCUUGGAAGUAUCCAUUUUUAGUGGCGUUAUGCUGCUCGUUGGUGGCCUUAUCUCCCUUGCGAGCAAGAUAUUCACCCCUCAAGGCUUUAUGGGAAGAGUAUAAGGGAUCACAGCUCAGAUCCCUUGCUAGUCCCAAGGUGGAUACAAUUUUGUACGGGUUAGAUGACAGGCAGAAUCGUGGAUGUGAAAGAUGUAAGAUAGCGUACUUGAAUCGACAAAAACUUCC